UCUGUGAAUAUUAAAAGUUUAGUGAAGUUUAAAACAAUGAAACUUUUGUUAGUAUUUGUUGGAGUAUUGGCAGCGGUAUCUGGUUGGGAAAUUUACUCUGUCGACUAUCCAAACUGUUAUAAUGGAUACGAACCAAUAGUACGUUCUGUGGAUGGCUCAUAUACUUGGAACUAUGAUGUAACUCCAAUUUCAUUAGUGGAUAGUUAUCUUUCAUAUCCAAGCUACGAACAUUAUAUUAUUGCCAGAUCUGCUCCGGAAGAAAAGAAAGCUAUUAGUGAGCCAGAACACAUGCGUAAACGUCGUUCAGUUGUUUUAGAAGAUGAAAAUGUACGUAGAGCACGUUGGGAACAUGAACAAGCUCAUUUACGAGUGCUAGCCGGUUUACCAGCUAUUCCAGAAGGAGGAUUUACCUUCCCAUACCCACAAGAUACACAAGAAAUAAAUGAAGCUAAAGCAAAAUUCAUUGAAGCAUACGGCGAAGCAGUACAACGUAAUUUAGUUCAAAGUCCAUACUAUUCCGGGUUACCAAUGGAAACAUCUGAUGUGUUAACAGCACGGGCCCGUCAUGAACAAGCACAUCGUGAUGCUUUGGCACGGCUAAGUGGAACAUAUGUACCUUUACCAUACCAAGUUUACAAUACACAAGAAGUGCGCGCUGUAGAAGCAUUAAACAAUCUUGCUCAUAAUACAUGGGAAUUACAUAAAUGA